AUGGCCACAGCAGCGAACUCCGUGCCGCACCCCACGAUCAUUCCGGGCCUCCACAACCGCUGGCACCCUGAUAUCCCUGCAUACGCUACUGUGAAGCCCGGUCAAGUCUUCAAACUCGAGUGUAUCGACUGGACGGGCGCGCAGAUCGGCAACAACGACUCCUCCGAUGACAUCAGGAAUGUUGACCUGACGAAGAUUCACAACCUCUCCGGCCCUAUCGCUGUCGAAGGCGCAGAGCCCGGCGACUGCCUUGUGGUUGACAUCCUAGACGUCACCCCAUUCGAGAAGAUGCCCUGGGGCUACACCGGCAUCUUCGAGCUCGAGAACGGCGGUGGGCUCUUCGCCCGCGAGUUCCAAAGCAAAGCCGCCAAGGCAGUUUGGGACUUCCACGGCGUGUACGCGUCCUCGCGGCACAUCCCCGGCGUGCGCUUCGCAGGAGUCUCGCACCCCGGCCUGAUUGGCACGGCGCCCUCCGCGGAGCUGCUCGCCACCUGGAAUCAGCGCGAGGCCGCCUUGGUCGAUGCGCACCCCGGUGCGGUGCCCGCGGUCGCUCUGCUCCCGAACAAGGUGGGCGCGUACGUCGGGCAGGACCUGCCUGAUGACGUGCGGGAGAGGAUCUAUACCGAGGGCGCGAGGACGAUCCCGGGCAGGGAGCAUGGCGGGAAUUGUGAUAUCAAGAACCUGUCCAAGGGAUCGCGAUGCUACUUCCCUGUGUUCGUCGAGGGUGCGAACCUCUCCGUUGGCGAUCUGCAUUUUUCGCAGGGUGACAUGUCGUUCUGCGGCGCCAUCGAGAUGGUGCGUUGCAGGCAUCAUCACUCUGCAAACGACAUCAUCAAGGGUGGCGUCGAGAAGUUCGCUAUGAAGCAGCCCAUCUUCAUGCCCUCGCCUGUCGACCCUCUCUACUCAGCUCAGCUAGUCUUCGAGGGUAUCAGUGUUGAUCUCCAUGGUGACGGAAAGCAGUAUGACAUGGAUGCUACUGUCGCCUACAAGCAAGCAGCACUCAACUGUAUCGCGUACCUCAUGAAGCUCGGCUAUACUCGUGAACAAUCUUACCUCUUGCUGUCAGCCGCUCCCGUCGAAUCGCACGUCGGUGCCAUCGUCGACUCUCCGAACGCCUGCGUCACCCUUGCGCUGCCGCUUGGUAUCUUCGAGAAUGACAUCCGGCCGAACCCAGAGGGUUUGACGAAGAGGGACUUCGGACAGUGCGCCAUCCGGAGCGACGGCGUCGUCUAAAUCUUUGGCUGUGUGGACGUAACAAUUCGAAGGUGAACGCGGCUCAACACUGUAUGGAGAAGAGUGUAUUUCUACGAAGAUUGUAUACCACCAGUAGUAGCGUAGCACCAAGCUUACAAUGCGGGAGAUUUGUACUGACGUAGCGGGCGCAUCCCACCCAGUGCUCCUGCAACGUCACGUACGCGUAUUCCUU